CUUGUUUGGUAUCCUAACUUUCCUUUCAUUUACCGUUUUUUCACGUGUGGGAAUCUGUUUUUGUCUAUCACUAUUUACGUUGGGGGAGGGGGACUAUCAGAUGUGAGACUUUUCUGUCCGUGGCAAAACGUUUCAUUGCUUCACCUCAGUAAAAAAAAACUCCGUUUGCGUGACAUAUUAGUUAUACGAUAGUCUCUAAUUAUAUCAGUACAUUCCAGAUUUUACCAUGGCUCAUGAACAACAACAGUUUUUCCUGAAAUGGAACGAUUUUCAGUCAAACAUGGUUUCAUCUUUCAAGCAUCUACGAGAUGAAAAAAGUUUUACAGAUGUUACAUUGGCAUGUGAGGGGCAAACAUGUAAGGCACACAAGAUGGUUCUAUCAGCGUGCAGUCCCUAUUUCAAAACACUUCUUGAGGAAAAUCCUUCUAAACAUCCAAUAAUUAUCUUGAAAGAUGUUCCGUUCAGCCACCUCCAGUCAAUUUUGGAGUUCAUGUACGCAGGAGAAGUAAAUGUUUCACAAGAGCAGCUACCAGCCUUCCUGAAGACAGCAGAGAGGCUUAAGGUGAAAGGUCUGGCAGAAGCCCCACAAGGGAUUAAGAGAGAGUGAUGGAUUGAGAUUUACAGACUGAGUGGCCAUCAUAAGGUCAUUGAAAACUGUGAAUUGAAAAUUAAAUGCCACUCCUUUUCAGGGAAUGGUCUUAUUGAUGUGUGUGUGUGUGUGCGUGUACAUUCAAAUAGGUAUAUGCAGUUGUCAUGAUGAAUGUGCAAAUAGGGUUGCCAUCUGGAUUUGUGUCCCGUGCUGGGAGUUGAAGCUUAUAAAAAAAAUUCUAUUGCCCGCUUGACUUUUUCAAUUUUUUUUUUUUUUUUCAUCUUCAAAAGCCAAGUUAUGUAUCUACCGCAGAAUAUUGUAUAUUGAUGUCUGGAGUUGUUAAAGUGAAUGCCUCUCCAUGAUUAGGCUCUGCCUUGUAGUUUGUUUUUAUUUCCCUCAUAUUGUACUGAGGAAGAUUUUAUGUUUGCCAAAGAAUCCUGCAUUGUUUUGUUCUUUUCUCUGAAAUUCCUAAGUUUAGAGUAAGAGAAUGUAUGUAUAUUUUCAUGCUUAGACUUCUUGUAAUUUGUUAUGGACCAUUUCAAUAAUGUUCAAUCUAAUCUUCUUCUAUGCAGACAUUUUUCACAGUUUUUCAUUACUUUUGUUUGCUGGUUCUUUAUUAUCAUUACUUAAUUUUUAAUAUAUGGCAAGGCUGAACAUUUCGGCACGGGUCACAAUUAUUCAAAGAUUACAUGUGUGUGAAUGCGUUGAAUUGUACAUAAAGUGCAUCGUGUAUGUUGAUGAGAUGUGUGUAAGUGUGCACUUAAUGUACAUGUGUUGCAAAAUUUUGUGUGCAUGUAUGAGUGCGCGCACGCGCGGCGCAACCCCGUUUCUGUGUGUGUGGACUAGUUAAGAAAAUAUGUUUAUUCCAGAUGUCCUUUUGUACUUCAUUCAACUUUCUGAAAACAAAUUGAGCUCUUGCUAUUUGUGAAACAUUUCUGAACAUAAUAUCUGUUAUGUCUCAUGUGAGAUAAUUUACCUCCAUAUAUUAAUUAAUAAUUAUAGUUGAAUGUUAGUCAGAUGCUAAUACUAUACUGGGAGGAAGAUCACUCAGUGGGUACUUUGCAACAUUCUCUCAUUUACUCUCGUACGUGAGACAUAUGUUGUAUGUUGUGCAACAUACAUUUUCCUUUCUUUUGAGAAAUUUUUAAUAGGAUUUUAUUCUUUUUUGCAAACAAAAUAUUUUGUGACUAGGGCUGCUGAACCGGCCGGCCGGCACAGUGUUUCUAGCAGACAAACAACUUUUAUUUGUUCUACACGGACUAUUGUUGGGAACUAUUCACUACUCAUUUCCAUGGUCUCCUCCUUUCAGUGUAGUAUCACAUUUAUAGCCACUUUUCUUCUUAUUGUACAAAGAUUUUUUUUAUUGCAAUGAUUGUUUUGUUUGGUGUUCUAAAUUGCAGAGUCUGUUUAGACAUCUGUUGGACAAGUAAUUGAAAAAAUAAAUUUGCGUGUAUAAAGGUAUGCCCAGUUUUUAUUUUUAUUUUAAGUUGAAAUAAGAAUGUUUUACCCAUUCCUGAGGUUUGUUGAAGCUGAUGUCAUAUUUCUGUAGUUAGAGAGUAUUAAGAAGUACUACUCAUUACAUUGGUGUUAAUAGAGUUAAAUCAGUGUAUUGUGUACCUGUUUCCUUCUUUUUACAGUCCAUAUUUGUUUAAUGUUCAGUUUCAGUGAAUUUGAAUGUGGCUGCCUGUGAAGUCAAAAGUAUACAUAGGGCUCUUUAUUGGGCAAACAAGCCAUAAAUUUUGUUAUUUUUAAAUUUCUGGAAGCUGCUUGAUUUGUAAAAUGUAAAACAAACUGCAUAGUUUAAAGUUCUUGAUAUUUGAAACAUUUUCUCACUAUGUGGAUUGCUUUGCGAUUGACAUCUUGACUUGUUAACUGGUAUUGUGAGUAAAACCUGACGAAUUAGCCCCUUGAGAAAGCUCAAGACUAGCAUUGUUCUUUUUAGAGAUUUGUGUGAGUAAAUGUCCAAUUUUAAUCCUCAUGGGACCAAAACCUGUCUCAAGGAUAGUUUGUGGCAUAGUGCAAAAUACAAUUUUGAGCAGUUGAA